GAUCUGGCACCCGUGAGUGUGGCAGCAUCAGUUAGUAACAGCGUAACGAUGGCGGCGGUGAAGCUCUCUCGUCAAUUCAGUCAUUUCCUGCGUGUGGGGCCGUGGACGAGGGGCGCAGCGGCCGGCGUGACCCAGGUCCGCCACCAUGGGUCACAUUACCCCAUUGAUGACGUGGUUUUCGGUCUUACAGAAGACCAGCGCCAGUUGCGGAAGACUGUCUUCGAUUUCUGCCAGAAAGAAUUGGCUCCGAAGGCAGCAGACAUCGACAAGAAGAAUGAUUUUCCAGAGUUACGGGAGUUUUGGCGUAAAAUGGGGGACUUGGGAUUAUUAGGAAUUACAGCAAGUCCAGAGUUUGGGGGCUCUGGCAUGGGAUAUUUAGAUCACGUCAUUGUCAUGGAGGAGGUCUCUCGGGCAGCAGGUGGUAUUGGACUGUCAUAUGGAGCACACUCUAAUUUGUGUGUUAAUCAGAUCAAUAUCAAUGGCACAACAGAACAGAAGGAGAAGUAUCUUCCAAAGCUUUGUUCGGGGGAGUAUUUUGGAGCACUGGCCAUGUCUGAGUCAGGAUCUGGCAGCGAUGUGGUAUCCAUGAAACUCAAGGCAGAGAAAAAAGGUGACUCGUACAUCCUUAAUGGUAGCAAAUUCUGGAUAACAAAUGGACCUGAUGCUGAUGUUUUAGUGGUGUACGCAAAAACGGAUCCAAAUGCACACAAGCCACAACGUGGAGUAACAGCCUUCCUCAUAGAGAAGGGCAUGGAAGGUUUUAGCACAGGCCAGAAAUUGGACAAGCUGGGCAUUCGUGGUUCGAAUACUUGUGAGCUCAUCUUUGAUGACUGUAAAGUACCAGCUACGAACAUCCUGGGUAAGAUCAAUGGUGGCAUCUAUGUAUUGUUCUCUGGCUUGGACCUCGAGAGACUUAUACUGGCUGGUGGACCUGUUGGAUUGAUGCAGGCAGCCUGUGAUGUCGCUUUUGAGUAUGUUCACAUUCGUAAGCAAUUCAACACAAGAAUUGGGGAAUUCCAACUAAUGCAGGGCAAAAUAGCUGACAUGUAUUGCUCUUUGAAUGCUUGUCGCUCCUACCUGUACUCGGUGGGUCGUGCAUGCGAUGUGGGACACGUCAGCAGCAAGGACUGUGCAGGUGUCAUCCUCUAUUGUGCUGAGAAGGCCACUCAGGUGUGCCUUGAUGCCAUUCAGUGUCUGGGUGGCAAUGGAUACAUAAACGAUUAUCCUACUGGCCGUUUUCUCAGAGAUGCCAAACUGUAUGAGAUUGGUGCAGGAACCAGUGAAAUACGUCGUAUGGUUAUUGGCCGAGCUCUAAACUCAGAGUAUAGCUAAAUUGGGCUAAAUUUUCCUGCUGGUGUAUAUAGUAUUUGCAAUAUAGAUUAUAUAUUAAAUUUAAUUGUGCCAUCGUAGGAAAUACAAUAGGUAAACUAUUUCAGCAGGGUUACUGGUAUUUUUUUCUCAGUUAUUUGUAAAAAAAUGGUGUAUACAGUAUAUUUGUAAUGGGGGGUGGGGGAAAUAGCUCUCUCUUGUCCAUUAUUCCACCCCCCAGUUAACUAACGAGGCCGGGGGAAACAGCUGCCUCUAGUCUGUUAUCCCGUCCUCAGUUAGCUAACUAUUCUAGAGCACCCUCCAGAGUUCCUACUACAGCCUCUCUCAUUCAACACUUUGUAACCUAGGUAUUUGAAUACCUAGGUGCAGGUACUACAAGGCGCCGUAACUUGAUCAGCUACCCGAAACUCCAGAGAGAACUCUCGAAUACAUUUCACUGCCACAAACGCAUAAGAGAAACGA